AUGGCGUCCUUUCUUGCAAUAUUAGUCACCUUUCUCAUGACUAUUUCAACGGUUUUUGCCGUUACCGCUGUUGAUUCUGCCCAGACAAUAGUCUCACUCGAUUCUUAUAAAUGUGUUAAAAAUUUUGGUUACGGGCGUGUUAUAAUUCGUGGUUACUUUGAGGCCUAUUGUGGAGCGCCUGGAGGUGCUAUAGACAAUACUUUUGUUCCUAGCUAUACAAACGCUGUUAACGCAGGUUUUACAUACAUUGAUGUGUAUAUGUUUCCAUGUACUGGGACUGGUCCAAAUAUGUAUCCGAGUGAUCCAAAGAGAUCUUGUUGUGGCACACCACCAACUCAGCAAUGCCUAAAUAUAAAGUUCACCUGCAAAUCUCCUCAAAAUCAAGUUAAUGAAUUGGUACGAUUGAUUAACAACACUAAAAUAAAUGGAAACGAAAAUAUUAUAGUUCGAACAGUUUGGCUUGAUGUUGAAUCAGGUUACAGUCCUGGUAGCUGGCCGAACCCUGAUACAAAUCGACAAAUUUUACAACAAUUCAGAGAUGCAUGGAAAAGUACUAAAUGGAAUUGGGGUAUCUAUACGAAUAAGAAUGAAUGGGGAAAAAUUACUGGCGAUCCAAAUUGGGUUUUGGAUUCUAGUCUUCCACUAUGGUGGGCUUACUAUGAUGGUAUUAUUGAUUUGACAAAAAACUUCGUGCCUUUUGGUGGAUGGAAUAAACCUACAGGCAAACAGU